AUGAACGGCACUCUGAACGGCAAGCGCCAAGCAUCGUCAAGUACCUACCUGCCUUGCCUUGAUGCUUGGGUGACUUCGUGGUUCCUGUCAAUCCUUUUCCUCAUUCACCUGCCUUUCUCCUUCCCUGCCUCACCUUGCUCACCUGCCGCGCCUGCCUCACCUGUGGUGAUCUGCGUAAGCUGUGGCAGGCGGGCAGGGCUGGACUUGGCUGCGUUUCGGAGAAAACUCCAUCGCUUUCCCAGCCUGCCACCAACAUCCAACCACAACACCAUCACAGACUUCAAAGCCACGGCCGAAACGCAAGCUCUCAAUCACAAUGUCGUCAAUGUCGAGUCGCACAGCCGAUUGAGCCUCCUUUCUCUUGGCAUUUCCUCUCUCUAUCCCUCCCCCCGGUUUCGUCCAACCAAAACCCCUACACCACCAACGGCAUAUCACGACAUAAACACACAUGGCACACACCUAUCGCACACCGCUCACCGCACGCACCGCAUACUAUCUGUACACACUACACACAAGCACGACGCCACCAGACGCCAACGCUGGCGGCGCACCACUGUCACUCUUCAACGACGGAUGUGCCCGUCUACACGAUGCCCGCCCUUAGUACAGCCGAUAUCUGCAGAUCGGCCACUAGAGGCUUGUAUCUCUUCGAUGGCGUCUUGUGUUACCGUCACCCAUCCACCACCACGUUCCCGGCCCCCCCAGCCACUCUGCACCCUUCCCAUGGCUUUUGGGAGCGCAAAUCGCGGGAAGCAUACAGGAAUCGUCUGUGCCUGGCCUGGCCCCGGCCUGUAG